GCAAGACGUCGGCGAGGAAGGAAGGGAAACAGAAGAAGGAAGCAAGCAAAACAACAGAGGCCUCAGGAGCUCCAAGAACAUUCAAAACAGACCUUUCUUUUCCUCCUCGACCGGGAAUAUCGCAGCUUUUGAGCACCUGCCAGCGGGGCCUCGCUUCUGAUUUUAAAACCUUAUCCCUUUGAACCCAUUGGAUUAUUUCUUUAUUAUUUAGGGCUUUGAGCCCCUUCAGCCUAAAUGGGGGGCAAAGAUCCAUGAAGGAGGACCCCUGAAGGGGGAGGAAUCAUAUUCUUCCCCCCAAAUGCCCUUUUUUUUUUAUCCCAACCUUAAAAUAGACCCCUACCCCCCCUUUUUAUUAUUAUUACUAUAGUUCCCUUUAAAUCCUCCCUUUAAAAGCCUCUUUAACUUCCCCCUCCAAUAUAUAGGUCUCUUCAAUUGAACUUAAUAUUCCCUUUGGAGAGAUUCCUCUCAUUUAGUCAAAUCCAUUCCAACAAUAACCAUAAUAAUAAUAGUAUUAAUAAAACAAACCAAUAACCCUCCAUUCCCUGAAAACCCUCCAUUUUAAGACUUGUAUAUCCAUUCCCUGGAUAUAUAUAUAUCUAUAUAUCUAUAUCUCUAUAUAUUAUAACUGCCUCCCACUAUGGAAUUUAAAUGUCCCUAAAAUAAAAUAACAUUUAGCUUGGUUUUAAGUUUAAAAAACCAAACAAACCCAUCCUCUUUUUUCUCCUUUUGCUCCAAAAGGUGCUAAAAACUCCCUUUUUGGGGAUGCCAGAGAGCCUUAAAAGAUCCUCUUAAAAUACAGGGAAUCCACCUGUCAAUCACCUUUAAUAUUUUAAGUGCCAAUAUAUAUAUAUUUAUAUAUAUAUAUGUAUAGAGAGAGAGAGGGGCUUCUCUUAUGCCUCCCAGCUCCUGUGCCUUCAUCGAGACCUAAAUAACCCCCUAAAUAUCCCCAAACCCUCUUUUUCCCCUUCCCAUGCCCCCCAAAAUCUCACCCCAAAGACCCAGCUGACGUCCCCAAACUCCUUUUUGGGGGAAGCAAGCCCCCCCAAACCACCAUGAACCACCCUUUCCUUUGCCACCCUUGGCGCCUCUUUGCCCCCCAUAAAGGCUUUCUGAUGUGAGCCCCCCUUUUUCCUACCCCCAUUCCCUCCCUUUAGAUCCUUUGUACCCCCUUAAAGGGGAACAUAAAACCUAUCAUCCCCACCAACAAACCCUAUUGGGCUUCAUGCCCCCCCGGAAGAUAAUGGAGGCGGUGGGCGACUUUGAAUACAGCAAGAAGGACCUCAUAGGACAUGGCGCUUUUGCGGUGGUCUUUAAAGGCCGCCACCGCAAGAAAACGGACUGGGAGGUGGCCAUCAAAAGCAUCAACAAAAAGAACUUGUCGAAGUCUCAGCUCUUGCUCGGCAAAGAGAUCAAGAUUUUAAAGGAGCUCCAGCACGAGAACAUUGUCGCCCUCUACGAUGUCCAGGAGCUGCCCAACUCUGUCUUUCUGGUAAUGGAGUAUUGCAAUGGUGGUGAUCUGGCUGAUUACUUACAAGCAAAAGGAACUCUCAGCGAAGACACCAUCCGGGUCUUCUUGCAGCAGAUUGCAGCCGCCAUGCGCAUCCUCCACAGCAAAGGGAUCAUCCACAGGGAUCUCAAGCCUCAGAACAUCCUCCUGUCGUAUGCCAAUCGCAGGAAGGCAAGCCUCAGCGGCAUCCGCAUCAAAAUAGCUGACUUUGGCUUUGCACGCUAUCUCCAGAGCAACAUGAUGGCAGCCACCCUCUGCGGUUCCCCUAUGUAUAUGGCUCCUGAAGUGAUCAUGUCACAGCACUACGAUGCUAAAGCUGAUCUUUGGAGCAUCGGAACGGUGAUCUACCAGUGUCUGGUUGGAAAGCCGCCUUUUCAGGCCAAUAGUCCUCAAGAUUUAAGGAUGUUUUACGAAAAGAACAGGAAUCUGAUCCCCAGUGUCCCCAGGGAAACAUCGGCAUACUUGGCUGACCUGCUGUUGGGUUUGCUUCAGAGAAACCAGAAAGACAGAAUGGACUUCGAAGCCUUCUUCAACCACCCGUUCCUGGAUCAGGUUUCGAUGGUCAAAAAAUCUUGCCCCGUGCCCGUGCCAGCAUACACCGGCUCAGUGUCUGGCAGCUCCUGUGGUAGUUCUCCCUCCUGCCGGUUUGCUUCUCCCCCAUCGCUCCCGGACAUGCAGCACAUUCAAGAGGACACCCUGUCUUCCCCUCCCCUGGGGCCACCCAAUUUCCUUCAGGUCUCCAAAGAGUCUGCCAGCACCAGUAGCAAGAACUCCUCGUGUGACACGGAUGAUUUCGUCCUGGUUCCGCACAACAUCUCUUCCGACCAGUCAUACGACAUGCCCCUGGCGGCAGCGGGGCGAAGGGCCUCGAGCGAGUUCCUGAUGUGUGGAGGACAGUCUCCGUUAACCGUUUCGGGAAGCUCUGGCAAUUUUCAGAAGCCUUCCUCAAACUCCUCCGGAAGUAGUUCUUCUGGUUCGGCAAACAGGCAGUGCCAGCCGCAGGUCUCCCCCCGCAGCGAAACAGCCCCCAUCCCGGUGCCCACACAACUACGCAACUAUCAGCGCAUUGAGCAGAACCUGACGUCCGCCGCCAGCCCCGCUUCGAACCCCCACGGCUCCCCAAGGUCUGGGGUGGUGAGGCGGUCGAACACCAGCCCCAUGGGUUUCCUGAAGACUGGUUCCUGUUCUCCGGUGCCGGCAGAUGCGGCGCAGGGCGUGGGGCGCCGGCUGUCUACCGGAUCCUCUUCCCGGCCAUAUUCCCCUUCGCCGCUCGUUGGCACCAUACCUGAGCAGCUUGGGCACUGCUGUUGUGGGCAGCUGCAAGGGCAUGAAUCCAGAAGCCGAACCUCCUCAGGCUCACCAGCACCGCCGUCCCCGUCUCCGCAGUCUCUCCUAAUGGCAGGAGCCCGGCUUCAGAACACCCCGACCCUGACGGACAUUUAUCAGAACAAGCAGAAGCUCCGGAAACAGCAUUCGGACCCGAUCUGCCCCUCGUAUGCCGGCUACAGCUACAGCCAUUCCCCGCAACCCGCCCGCCCCGUCAGCCUUGGCACAUCACCCACCAAGCACCCAGGGUCAUCGCCCCGGAGCUCUGACUGGCUCUUCAAGACUCCCCUGCCAACCAUCAUUGGCUCUCCCACCAAGGCCACAGCUCCUUUCAAGAUCCCCAAAACGCAAGCGUCCUCCAACCUGGUGGGCCUGAUCGGUCGCCAGGGGCCAGCUGACGCCCCUCUGCAACAGCCCAAAGAGGCGGGCGAAGUGCCGAGGGAGUUCUCCCACUUCCACUUGACGCAGGGAAACGACCGACAGGCUGAGCAACAGCAACAGCAGCACGGGAAAACCGUCUUCGGCAGGUCCGUAAGUACUGGGAAGCUGUCAGAUCAACAGGCCAAGGCGGCUCUCGGUGGCCAGCUCUACCAGGGCAGCACAGACAGCCUUAAUACCGAGCGGCCAAUGGAUACAGCUCCUCCAGGGGCCUGUGGCCUCACCGCAGUACCUCCUUGCCUAGGCACUGGAGCGGGUUCGAGAGCUGUGAUGUUUACUGUCGGAUCCCCACCAAACAGCGCCACCCCUCCCACCUGCACCCACAUGGUCCUCAGGGCUCGCACGACAUCAGUCGGCUCCAGCAGUUCCGGAGGGUCUCUAUGUUCCACCAGUGGCCGCGUCCUCAUGGGGUCCCCACCAGGGAUUUACAUAGGCUCUUCUCCUCCUGGAGCAGAAACAGCUCCAUGCCUGAAGUAUAUGCCUUACGGCACCUCCCCACCCAGCUUAGAGGGCUUUAUCACUUUUGAAGCCCCUGAACUGCCAGAAGAAACUCUGAUGGAGAGAGAGCACACUGACACCCUGCGCCACUUGAACCUGAUGCUGGCCUUCACGGAGUGCGUGCUGGACUUGACCGCCGUCCGGAGUGGGAACCCAGAGCUGUGCUCCUCGGCCGUGUCUUUGUACCAGAUCCAGGAGAGCGUCGUCGUGGAUCAGAUCAGCCAGCUGAGCAAAGACUGGGGGCAAGUUGAGCAGCUGGUGCUGUACAUGAAGGCGGCCCAGUUGCUAGCCUCCUCCUUGCACUUAGCCAAAGCGCAGAUCAAGUCGGCCAAGCUGAACCUCUCCACGGCUGUGAAGCAAGUUGUCAAAAACCUGAACGAGAGGUACAAAUUCUGCAUCUCCAUGUGCAAGAAGCUGACGGAAAAGCUGAACCGGUUCUUCUCGGACAAGCAGCGCUUCGUCGACGAGAUCAACAACGUGACGGCCGAGAAGCUCAUCUACAGCUGCGCAGUGGAAAUGGUACAGGCAGCCGCCUUGGAUGAGAUGUUUCAGCAGACGGAAGACAUUGCGUACCGAUACCACAAAGCGGCUCUGUUGCUGGAAGGCCUGACAAAGAUCUUGCAAGACCCGGCCGAUAUUGACAACAUUAACAAAUAUAAGGCCAGCAUCGAACGGAGGCUCUCGGCUCUUUGCUACAGCGCGGUGGCCGUUUACGAACAGUAGCUGGAUCUCCCGGGGACCAGUCGGCGCAUGUUCGGCUACAGCCAAAUCGUCGGUCGAGGGGACAUGGGCCUUUCCGUUUCCAUGGUUGUCUACCAAAGAAUACACAAAAACCCGCCGCCAGUUCUCAGAGGGGGAACAAAACCCCAAACUGUUUCGGAGGAGACUCGCCUUACAUCUCACUUAGCCCCCCCGACCCCUUUGUCCUCUUCGCGGAGCAGCUGGAUUUGAAAAGACCUCCUUCAACCGAGCGGGGAGAAGCAAAGAAUUGCGACUUGUCGGUUUACUUCUGUACAAAAGGGUGGCCUUUGCUUAAGGCCCGGAACAAGCAGGUUUCCUAAAGUGGGGAGAUUAUUCCUUUUUCCUCCCACUCCUCCUUGUUGUUGUUGUUGUUUUGGAACAAGACUGUGGAGCGGAGAAGACGUGACCACGUGAACCACAAACCUGUGUUUAAGGAGAGUUUCUGCAGGCUGCGAGACAAGGACCCGAACUCGGACCUUCGUGAAUUAUAACCACUCCUGGAGCCUAUGAAGAAAUCGGGGAGAAAACCGGCACCUUUGGAAACAAUAAAGAAAGACUGGGGAAAUGAUGGAACGACGGGGAUUUUUAUUUGGGGACUGGGAGGGUGGCAUCCAUUCAGAGUCCCUGGGACAAUGUUUUAGCGGCGAUCGUGGCUCUACAAACGCGGAUUCCCCCCCUUUUCUCCACUCUGAACCACUUUAUAUUGCACUAAUGUACUAAAGGAACUAUGUACUUUGGGGUUUUUUUGGGGGAGGGGGGCUGUCAAUUUUGGACAAACCAAGGCACAAUGACAAACUCUUACCGUGGGAGAGCAGGAGUUUCGUUUCACUGUAUGCGUUUUAAGGAAGGAAUAAAAACCACACACAAAACACACGCACCUCAUGGUCACCGUCGUCCAGUCCAAACCUUCCCAGGAUUUCAGACGUAGCUUCUCUGGAGACUUUCGGACGACGCGGCGCGCGACUCGGUCUUCGGCGGGGUCUUUCCGCCCUCCGUUUUAUAUAUCUCUGGACACUCGAACGAACCUUCGGCAGUUUGCAGCGACCUCUUUCCUCCCCGCACUUUCCCCGGUUAAGGGUUUGGUUGCUUAGUCCUGUGGUAGCAUGUGAAUUGUGUGACGUCGCCCGCUUCGGCUGUUAGUACCGAUUCCCCCGAACCCGCCCCGUAUACCGAUUUUUUAAAAGGACGUUAUUUAAGUAUAGUUUUGUUUUGGACUCGUAGGAAAAGACACUACUGCGGUUUCAAUCUUCGCGGAGCGGCAAAGAUGCUGUUUGGUGACCGCAGCCUUCCCUUAGGAAGCAUCCGGAAACGUCGUGAAACGGCUCCCGGGCGGCUUUUGCGGAUGUUUCCCCCUCCACUUCGUCGCCUUCUUCCGCGUGGUUUUUGCCGCCGAUGAAAAGUAUUUAGCCGACGUUGUUGUUUUCCCCUCGAAGUAGUUCCUCGUAAGUGCGAGAAAUCUCCGUUCGCUCUCACUUGAAGUAAAAACGAAACCUCGCUUAUUCUUCAGAAUGAAGUUUCAGAUUUUUUGUUUUUGUUAUUCAAAAACCGGUCAGACCUCUUCCGACGGGGAGGUUGUUGGCGUUCAAGAACCAACCGUUUUGAACGGACGGAUAAGAACGUUUUCAAAGCGUGCGUAUGCGUGCGUGCGUCGGCCUCUCUUCCCCCCCCCCUUCCGUUGUGAUUUUAUUUUGCUUCGACAAAAGUAAUGUGCUUCUUAACCUUUUAUUUAUCCGUACGAGAAAUUCCAGCAAGUUAAUUUUUGUGUCUUUUUCGUUUCCGUUUUUUAAUUUAUAUACGGCGCUCGUAUUUUUUAGGCCUCUUUAAUAAUACGGUGUUUCUACUACCUCUCCUUUGUAACUUCGCAUGCGUCCGUUCCCAGCCCGUCGCGUCACGGCUCCGAGAGAGAGAGAAUGAGAGAGAUUGGAAAGAAUCCCGUCGCAUAAUUUUUAUUAUGGCUUGUAUAAAUGUAUAUUACGGUUAAAACAAAACAAAUAAACGGAUGUCUGAAAGGAGUUUCUACUUGUAGCCGCAGAGCGCGAAUCGAAGCGAUAGCGUCGCUUGGUGUGCGUUAGAAACCGAAACCUUUCAGGCCGGUUGAUUUAUUUAAACAUACGAGUUUUUGUGGUCUGAUCCACAAAAAGCUCCAUCUAAGGAGAGAUUAAAAUGACAAUUGCCAUUGA